AUAAUUCAAUUGCUCGUUGUCGUCUUCUUCCAGUACCAGUACCACCUUCUUUUCUUUCUGCUGUAACAGUCCUCUGGGAGGUCUUUUUCCUUUCUGCUUUCUCUAUCCUUACUCUGACUACGAUCUUACCUCUCAACCGCUCUUUUCCGUGAAAAUGCUUGCUUUAUCCUCCGCUUUAUAUCUCUUGAUGUUGCUUGCUAGCCAAGUCACUGCAUUCACAUUCAAUGUCUCUGUUCCUUUUCCACCGCAAACACUGUCUGCUGCACAACUUUUGCCAAACUUUACGGGAGCGAUUGCUAACUGUGCUGCUAAUUGCAGUAAUGUACAAACCGAGCUUUCUGGGUGUCAAGACGAUGCUUCCUGCCUCUGUGCGACCCAGCUAGUAUCAGAUCUACGCAAUUGCGAACAAUGCAUGUAUGAGUCUCUUAUCGCUGCCAACGCACCCUUGCCGGAUCCCAAGGCAGGGUCUACUCCCGUACUUGUAGGUUAUCAAGCCGCUUGCGCCGCCUUCAAUAUAACUCUCAACACCACUCAGGUCGCUUUGGCUCUCCCCACUGAUUGGGAUGGGCCAUUCGGACUCGGGCUGAAUGUCGUUGGUACCGUUUUCACUGUUGGGGCCGGGUUCAUCUUGGGAACGUCUAGUUUGUUGCUCUUGUCAAACCUGUAAGAUCAGGAGGCGGUGCUUGUGCCUGGGUCGUUCGGUGGUAUGGACAUGACAUUGAAGAAGAGUGCUGGAAGGACGGGAAUCACUAAUUUGACAAGAUCAUUCGUUUUUUCAGAGUUGUUGGGUAGAUGAUAGUCAUAUACAGCUCUGCUCUGUGCAUUCUUACUUUGUUCCCUGGUGAAGAAUAUAACGAGUUUAGUUGGUCGAUUUUUGUCAUAUGUCAGUGUCUCGAAGAUUUGCGUUAGUAGAAUGUCCAUAGAUAUAGGUAGUGCGUCGCAACCAUAACGUAGAACACGUCAGAAACAGGAGCGAUCGUAGUACAGUAGGUGGUUGUUCGGGAAUCGGACCUAGCCAGGGACUAUCUUAUCCUAUCCUGAUGAUAGCGACGGUUUCAUUACUGAAAACGAGGUCAACAAC